AUGCAAGUCCCUCCACUUGCCGCCUUUGCCGCACUGCUCCGCCAGCCUGGUGAAGGCAUCGCACAGUGUCGGCAGCAGGGUGAGGAAGACCUUGGCGCACAUGGCGCCGUAUGGCGUCAGGCUGCUGACGUUUCUGACGGUGACGGACUUUGUGCCUUGCGAUCUUACGGUCUCGGUGAGGGUCUCAUGUUUGAGCAAGUCGGCGGUGAACUGUGCGCCCGAGUAGGCGGAGACGUACGCACACGUGAACUCGGCGACGAACUUUGUGAGCCCCUCCGCCAGACCGUCCAGCAGGGGACUUGA